AUGAUAGCGAGAGGAAUGACUGAUCAUCUUAACUCGAACUAUGAAAGUAUCGAGGGCAGCCAAGAAAAAAAUAAUGGCAGAUUCACACAAAAUACUGCCCUAAUACCUCUUAGUUUUAUUCCCAUGAAUUCAUUAAAUGAUUUUCGAUGUGCCGUGUGUCACGGACCAGAAGCUUUUCUGAUAUGUCAAAAUUGUUCAAACUCAUAUCAUCCAAUUUGUGCCAGUUUUUACAAUCCGAGUUUGUCAUACAGUACUCUUUACUGCUCAUUUUGUGUAUCUUUUUUUCAAACCCAAUACAUUGAAGAUUCAAAUAAUGGAUUAAACUCUCAAAACGUCAGUACGAAAAAUAAUAAUGGCAGAUUGCCUGAACACGCCAAAACUUUAGAAGAAAUAAGGAAUGAAGAACUACCUAGUCCAGAAAAGCUUAAAUUUGAAACAGAAAAAAUAGAAGAUUUGCUGUUCAUUUGUGAUAGUGUAUUUACUUUUCAAGAAAUUUUUAAAAUGACCCCAUUUUCUAUAGAACAGCUAUAUGAGAGUUUAAGAGCUAAUGAAGAAACCAAUCUUAUCAAAGAAUUACAUCUGUCCAUUAUAAAGCUACUAAUAAGUCAUAUAUUAGAAAAAGAAAACUCUAACGAAACCUUAAAUAUAGAUACUGGAUUUUUAUAUUCCAUAUCCCAACUUCGAGAGGUUUUUGAUGCCAAUAAAAUUCUUCCUUAUUCAUGGUUGACCUUAGUUAAUGAAGUUAUGAGACUUCCAUUAUUCAAAGAUUAUUCUGAGGAUACUAUUAUUGAAAAUAUACUGCAAAAAAGUGAAGAAUUUCCUAUUGAAAAUUGCUAUUUUGAUUAUAGCUUUGAAGAAAAGGUUGGGAUUUUAAUAUUUUUAUUAAAUUCUGUAUUUGAUUUUAGAGAAAUCCAUGAAGAAUUGUCCAAAAGAAUUGAACUAAAGACAGAUUUAAUCAGAGAAAAAGGGCUGAUUAUGACUCAGAUAAGAGAUAUAGAAUGCCAAAACUGUGAAAUAAAAGAUGCAGGAAUAAGAAAAUCAUCAGAAAAAAUACAAAAACUCCACAAGCAAUUUGAAAGCAUUAAUCAAAAAAUUGAAAAAAUCCAUAUUCGAACCAGUCCAAUUGGCACUGACAGCGAUUUGAACGAAUAUUAUUUUUUUGAAUUUGAUGCGUCUCGGAUAUAUGUCAAACCAUACAAAAAGCAAGGCGAAAGUACAGAUUCAUUAAAUAAUGCGAAUCCAUGGUAUGUUUACACUAACCAAAGUCAAAUCGAUAGCCUAAUCGCAGCUCUUUGAAUAAGAGGAUUGAAAGAAUCAAAAUUGAUUGAAGGCUUAAAAACUGUAAAAACCAAAUUAAUUACUUCAGAAAAUGAAACUGGGGCUUUCUAUAUUAAUGAAUGCUCUAUAUUUGAAGGCAGAAGUCUAGGCUUAGAAGACCUGAAACAAAUAAUGCUUGACUUAGAUAAAAAAUUUUCAAGCUUCCUCAAGAAGGGGCAAAAACAAUGAGAUAGCAAUGAAAGAUUAGAAGACUGAAGAAAAGAAGUCACCCAAUCCCAAACCCCUCAAGAUUUAGCAAUUCUCAUGCUUGAGCAUUCUCAAAAAUCCUCAAACCCACUAAGGCUUUCAGUUUCAACCCAAAACCAGGAGGAAGAAAAGCAUAAAUAUCGCAAAGUCUCUAUCAGAAUAUGGCAGGACUUAGGUGAUUACCACAGUUUUUGGGAAAAUUUAACACAAUCAAUUACAACUUUAGGGCAGCUGACUCUUGAUAUAGAAAUUUAUUCUACGAUAUUAAAUAGUUAUAUUGAAAAGAAACAAGAAAGCAUGGCCUAUGAAACAGACACAAAAAUACCUAAAGACGAAGAAAAAUCAAAAGAACCAGAAAAUCUUGAAAAAUUUGAGCAUGAGAAAGUUUGCUUUUUCUGCGAAAAUGGAGGAAGACUAAUCCAAUGUGAAGCCUGUCCUAAAGUAGUCCAUUUUUCUUGCAUUGGUUUAAAAAAGGCUCCUAAAAAAGAAUGAUACUGCGACAGCUGCAAUAACCAGAUUAAUUUUUCUGUCCAAACAAGAUCAAAAACAAGACUAAGAAAACUGUCUAAUUAA